CAGCUGGGCGCAGAGCCCUGGGGCGCUUCCUGCGGGGCUGGCGCUGUGGACGACAGCCUCACCAACCUGCAGUGGCUGCAGGGCUUCUCUUUCCUCACCGCCAGUCCGGAGAAACCUUCCUCUGCCAGCCUCCUGGGCCACCCGCGCCUCCUGCAGGGCUCCUACGCGCCAGCCAGCCCGCCCGCGGGCGACACAGCGGCCAUGGGUGUGCCCACAGGGAUGGGCAAACCCACCAGCUCCAGCUCCUCCCUGCAGCCCCUUGCCCCCACCCCAGAGGCGGUCGACUACCGGACCAACGGGCAGGUGAAGCCCCCCUACUCCUACGCCACCCUCAUAAGCAUGGCUAUGCGGGCCAGCCCAGAAGCCAAGCUCACUCUCUCGGCCAUCUACGCCUGGAUCACGGAGAACUUCUGCUACUACCGCCACGCAGAGCCCAGCUGGCAGAACUCCAUUCGCCACAACCUGUCCUUGAACAAGUGCUUUCAGAAGGUGGCACGGCAGAAAGACGAGCCUGGCAAGGGGGGGUUCUGGCGGAUCAACCCCCAGCACGCAGACAGGUUCAUCAACGGGAUAUUCCGGCGGAGGCGGGUGCCAACCUUUCCCUGCAUUUCGGCCACUCAGGCAACACCCCUCUUGCCUGCCUCCGGUGCAGAGCUGGGCUGCUUCCGAGGGAGGGGACGAGCACCCCUGCAAGAGGAACAGAUGCCCCGGCUUCCCAGGGGGCAGCGCCACCUCGGUAAGUGCAAGCAGCAGCCAGGCCAGGGCACCAGCAAGGCUGCUUGGACUGGUGCCCGCUCGCCUCUGGCCUCUGUGGGCAGAGAGGGGGUGGCUCUGCCAGGGGACGUCAGCUGGGCAUCAGUGUUGGAGGACACCUUCGUUGGCAGCGGGAGCAGCAUCGAGGACCUGGAGCUGACGGCAGCCCUUGGCUCCCUGGCCGCCGAGGAGGUGGUCCUGGCCUCCCCUGACCAGCCAGUCAGUGCUCUGAGCCAAGAAGGUCCCCCUCACCCUGUCACAGCCCUGGUGGAAGACUUGACUCUGUAUGCUGAGCCCCUGGGCCAACCGUGGGGGGAGGAGGAAGGAGCCACGGAGCCGCCACUGGGACCCCCCUGGGCCUUUGAGGAGGAGGAGGGCGGCACCUGCUUUGUCGAGGGCUUCCUAGCCGAGAUGCAGCCGUGGGAAGCAUGAGCUCUGCAGGCCCCCAAGAGGCAAUGAGAAGAUGCAGCACAAGCGGAAGUGGCUUUGGUUUGCAGCU